GCUCGUUUUAAAUAACCGACGAAGAAGAACGAGUGGCGGUGACCAACAGGAAAUAAACAAAAGCAAACGAGCUGAGAGGAGGGAAGAAGAAUUAACAGCUCAAAAGUGCUGCACCAAGUAGCAUCAAAUCUCUGGCCAGGAUUGGGAGUGUGCAGUCAUGAUGGCAACUAAGAGAUUAGACAACUUUGAGGUGAAGUGUGAGUGGGAUUCAUGUGACUUCAAGGGCCACACCAUGGAGCAGCUUAGUGAUCAUAUGUCACUUCAUCUGAGGGACUACCUGGGAGAUAAAGAUACCCUGGAGGAGCUGGAUGAGUAUGCUUGCCUCUGGAAUGGAUGCUCAUUUCUGUCCAUGGGUAGCGCUACAGUGCUGGAGGUCCACGCCUACUUCCACAACUACCACGGUAAGCUCAAGUUUGUUGGGUCACAGCUGCUCAAGUCCCGUCCUGACCUGCCGAGCUGCAACCAAGGCGUGCACAGCAACAACCUGGUCCCCGAAGGAUCCAGUGGUUAUGUUUGCCAGUGGGAGCAAUGUGAUAGUACAUUAAAUAAUCCUGAGUGGUUCUACCGACAUGUGGACAAUCACGUAGAAAGUGCGGAGCCACAGACUCUCUCACAGGAGCAGCAGGCGCUCUUCUGCCACUGGGCAGGCUGUGAUGCCUUCUUCAAGAUCAGGUACCGUCUGAGAGAACACAUGCGGAGCCACACUCAGGAGAGACUCGUAGCCUGUCCUACAUGUGGCAGCAUGUUCUCCAGCAACACAAAGUUGUUUGACCAUCUCCACAGGCAGGCUGAGCCAAUAGAAUCGCUGGUAUGUGAACAUUGUGGAAAAGCCUUUUCCAGUGAGAGACUUUUGAGGGACCACAUUCGUCAGCAUGUGAAUCAGGUCAAAUGUCCCUUCUGUGACAUGACCUGCACCACUUUAGCAGCUCUGAAGAUCCACAUCCGAUUCCGCCACUGUGAUGAGCGUCCCUACCCUUGUGACUUCUGCGACAAAAGAUUUAAGAACCAACGUGAUCUUCAGAAGCACACAGAAGUUCACAACGAGGGCACUGUGUAUCACUGUACAGUGGAGGGUUGUGAUUAUUCUUGUCAUACAUUCCCAACCAUGAGCUACCACUUCAAGAGGGUCCAUGAGGUUGGAGGGAUGUCGAAAUAUAAAUGCCACAUCUGUGAUAAAGUCUUUUCUUGGUGUUACACUCUCACACUCCACCUUCGUAAGAAGCAUGAGCUUAAAUGGCCUUCUGGACAUUCACGCUUUAGAUACAGGAAGGACGUAGACGGCUUCUUAAAAGUAAAUAUGGUGCGUUUUGAGACUGUUGAAGUGACAAAGGAGAUCAUGAAAAACAUGGCCACAAAGCCACAGAGCCUUCGUAAGAAAACCAGCAGCCGGAACAAGAGGACUGCAGUUGCACCUGAGAGCAGCCGAAGCUCUCCGACGGGAUCCUCCUCGCCCUCCUCCAGCUCUUCCUCCUCGUACUCCUCAGAUUUCUCUGGAGGCGAAGACAUGUCGUCUCAGCCCAGCCCCAGAGGCAGCGACUCUCCUGUCUACUGUGUGAUGAACACCAUUCCUCACAUUGAGGAGGAGCCUGGAGGACUAUCACAGCAGGACCGUGAUGUUAGCGGGACUUCUGGAGCUGUUCAGGCUCUGACGGAGGUCGCCAGGGGCCUCGGCAUGGAUGUGGUGUGAUUGACCACUCUGCACUGGGUCAAAUCACAGAUGUCCGUCGUUGGCUCUCAUGUAGCCGUUAUGCAAUUAAAUUGGUUUGUCUGUUUAGCUUUUUAUAUAUUUUGCUGUGGAACCGUCAGUGGAGACUUCCUCAUGUUAUGCUACAUGGAGAAGGUCAUCCUUACAAUGGUUUUGAAGACCACACUUUGAUGAUAGCAGCUCUUAACGUCUCAUGCUGUGAAACAGGUUCUUAUUUUGACAAGGUGGUGUUAAUGGGAAGAGUUAAAUGCACUGCAGAGUUAGAAAUGUUGCUCUCCAUGCACUGUAUUCUGAAUUCUGGGAUGUUUUCAGCAGAGAAUUUCCGAGGACAUUAUUUUAUUGCAGUCUUGAAUGUUGCUUGAUUUUAUUAUUACAAAUUUGAAAUACAUUUUUUUGAUGUAAAAGUCA